AUGACUACAUCGUCGACACAAGUUAGUUCUGUGCAGACUUGUAUUUGUAUGUAGGUAUUGUACUUACUCCAACUUGUAUUUGCAGCUUCACUGCCCUGCCCACUUCAUCAUCCACAAUGGCCCCCACCAUCUCCGAAGUCACCAGCAAGUACCGACCGGAGUUUGCGUACUAUGAAGAUCUAUACAAGUAUUUUCACGCUCACCCUGAGCUCUCCAAUCAAGAGAAAGAGACUGCUGCCCGGAUCAUCGAAGAACUGAAGAAGAUCUCGCCCGACUUCGACAUCCGCCCGAACAUCGGUGGAUAUGGAAUUGCUGCUCUCCUCUCCAAUGGACCAGGCAAGACUGUACUGCUUCGUGCCGACUUCGAUGCCCUCCCAGUAGAAGAACGCACUGGCUUGCCAUACGCUUCCAAAGCCCGUCAAGUCUCCGCCCAAAACGGCCAAGAAGUCCCCGUCAUGCACGCCUGCGGCCACGACAUGCACAUCACCUGUCUCCUCGGCGCAGCCCACACCCUCAUCUCAGCCCGCGAGCACUGGACCGGCACCCUCCUCCUCAUCUUCCAACCCGCCGAAGAACGCGGCACAGGCGCCCGCGACAUGGUCAACGACGGCCUCUACGACCCAAACCGCCACGCAGUCCCCAUCCCAGACAUCGUCCUAGGCGCCCACGUCGUCCCCUGGCGCUCCGGCGCCCUCGGCACCCGCCGCGGCCUCAUCGCCACCUCCGCAGACUCCAUGCGUAUAACCCUCCACGGCCGCGGCGGCCACGCCAGUAUGCCUCACCGCCUUGUCGAUCCCGUCAUAAUGGCCGCUCAUACAGUCCUCAAACUCCAAACCAUCGUCUCUCGCGAAGUCGACCCGAUGGAUUCCUGCGUCGUCACUGUCGCCAGCGUCCAAGCAGGCGAUACAGAAAACAUCGUAGUUGACGACGCUAAAAUCUCAGUCGAUAUCCGAGCCGUCGAUCAAAACACUCGCGAACACGCCCUCGCUAGUGUUCGCAGAAUCGUCAAAGCAGAAUCAGAUUCCCUUCGAGGCGUGAAAGAUCCUACAAUCCUAAUUACACGGGACUUUCCUUUAACGAUCAACGACGAAACCAUAACUGAAGUCCUGGAGAAUAAUUUCACGGCUCACUUCGUUGAUCCUGCUUCGAAAGAUAUCAGCCAACAGGACAUUCAAUAUACGUCUUGCUGCGCUAAACUUUCUGGAUCGGAGGAUUUUAGUAUCUUGGGUACGGCAGUGGACAGGCCUACGAGUUUCUUCAUGUAUGGAGGAACGCCUCAUGAGUUGUGGGAUGAGCAUGAGAAAGCUGGAACACUCUCGCACGGAAUUCCGGUGAAUCAUAGUGGGCUGUUCGCGCCGCAGAUUCAGCCCACGAUGAAAGUGGGUAUGGAAGGAUAUAUUGUGGGUGCAUUGAGUUGGUUGGCGAAGACGGAAUGAGCGCGGCAAGGGAAUGAAUGCAUGCUGGCAGGAGGCAACAGCGAAGAAGCAGCGGGAGAAAAGUCUGGAAGUGUCUCGAUCAUCGCCAUUGAAAUGUUAUCAAAUCUAUGCAGAACAUCCGUUUAUAUAUCCCGAACAGACUGUAUCCCGUUUAUAGUUGAUCCAACAGACCCUCGGCCUCCAACAAAAGCACAAUCUGGUGCACAGCAGUUCUCACGUUAAUCUUGGUCAAAUCAACAGUGAGAUCUGCCUCCUUCUCUUGUGGCUCCUCAUAUGGGUCGUCAACACCAGUGAAACCCUUGAUCUCGCCGGCGCGAGCCUUGGCGUAGAUACCACGGCGAUCUGUCUUCUCGGCGUGCUCGAUGGGAGUGG